ACACUGUAUCUUUUUUUUCUUUCUAUUUCCGUUAUUUGACUAUAUAUCUGUUUUAUUUCAACUACAGAAAGUGCAAAGCUGGAAUGAACGUUUUCUUUAUUAUAAGUGACGCGUGCACAUGUAGUUUGUUAACUCCGUUUCAAGGCGUGAGCGCGAGAACGACGAUUCCCUCGAUCUCAAUGAUCUCACGAGGAAACGAGAACACUCUGAUAAUGUCCGGCCGCUGCUGGCAGCUCCAAAAAAAUCGAUAAGGGAGACGCGCGAAUCGAAGGCGCACGCGUCGAGCGUUACUGAUGCGUGUCAGCUGUCCCGGUCGUAAGAGAAACGAGAGUACAGGUGUUCCUCGCUCUGCGUCCGUGGUCUUCCAAUGUAGAGCUACGAUCGAAUGACUUAAAUGGCUUGCGACAAUCGUACGAAGGUAUAUCUCGGAUACGAGGACGAGUACGUCGCCGACAAGCAUCGGUCCUUCCUCAACUUCACGACGAAUAAGAUCGGCGGGUAUCCGAACUGUUAUGGAAAAGGUACAUUAUCAUCGCCACAAUGCAGACUUUGUGGUUUAUAUCAGCUCUUGGCACUUCAAUUGUAUGCUCCGCUAGAUAACUCAAAAUAUCAUCGUACGUUAUAUAUAUUUGCAUGCAUUAAUUCAAAUUGCUGGAAUCAAAACGAGAGCUGGACAUGCUUGAGAAUACAGCACCUAGAGGACGAAGCUAAGACAAGUGUGCCAGAUUCUGUUAACGUACCAUCUACAACGGCCUGGUUGUCAGAUGCAGACGAUUGGGGAGAUAACAUAAAUGACAAUGCAUCGGAACAAAAUGGGAAUAACAUGCUAGAGAAUGAUCCGUUACAGUUUCAUUUUUCUCUGCAUAAUGAAAUAGACCAAGACAUACGAGAAGAAUUGUCCGUACUACGUGUGGAUGAUCCAAAUGCAAAUAGUCCGGCUAGUGUGGAUUCUCCAGUUAGCGGAGGUGCCGUAGGUCGCUUAGAUUCUCCUCAAGCUUCUGCAGAGAUCGACGGAGAUGAGAGCGAGGUUGUGUGCAUCGAUACUCCAACACGACCGCAAUGUGAUUUAGUUAGUUUACUGCACGAGGUAACACCGUUGCCACUGCAAAUUACAAACGCUGAAACCAAAUAUUCGUUCGUCGAAAUAUUUCUCUCAGUUGAUGAGGAAGAUUGCAGUACAGACGUGUCUCAACAUGUUCGAGACCUAUUGGUCGAAUAUCAGCAUAGCAAUCCGGACGCAUCGACCAAAUUUAUGCCGGAUUCCGGUAAUCCUAAAACCAUCGAAACAGACGUUGAAAAAUAUGAAAAAGGCAUUCCUAAGCACGGCGACGAAAUGUUUCAUAAUUUUCUUUGCAGAAUACAGAGAAAUCCUGGACAGCUGUUACGAUAUUCAAGAGACAAUUCGGCACCGUUAUUGUUAUAUCCGUUGAGUGGUUGCAUUGGUAAAUGUCGACAUUGCGGUGAUGAGAUGACCUUUGAGCUGCAAGUUCUACCGACGAUUAUACCGAAAUUAUUACUGAAUCCGAGAAGUGAGCGAAAUUUCCAAAUCGAAUUUGGCACUGUUUUAAUAUACACCUGUAUUAGAAGCUGUUGGUCCGCAACCGAUUCUUAUCGGGAAGAGCAUGUCGUUGUUCAAGCUGAAAAACUAUAGUUGUAAGUUAGUAAAUUAAUAAGGAAAGUUAUGAAUGAAGUCAAGGUUCUUCCAGUGAUCCUAUUUAGAACUUCACAUUUACGCGUCUAGAACGACUAGUCAUGUUAGUCUGUAGAAAAAUACCGUCCACCUCUUCAUGUACACAUCAAAAAUCCUAUAGAAUAAUGAUUGAUAGUGAAGGCGUUACAGAUAUGUAUCAGCUACAAGUGAUUCAUAAUUGAAAAAAAAUUAAGAUUUUAGGAACACCUGAUAAAAGAAUAUCUGAGUAAAGGCAUUUAUUUUACUUCUUAUCUCGAUCUUAGUAUGUAAAUACAGUGUAAGAUACAACUGUACAAUUGCUACUAAUAUAUAAAUACAGAAACCUCGGUGGAAAA